UUAUACGUAACGUUAUAUAAAAUAUAAUUUUAGAGCUACCUAAGCCUAAGUCUAUAUUUUUCAAGAUUUACGGAUUAUCAGUAAUUAAAAGUUACACUUACAGUGUAUUCUUUCAAGACAUAUUCUACCUGCUAAUGGAAUGGAAGAUCCAAAUAAUGAUACAGUUCAAGUAAGAGAUGCAGAUGGGCAAUAUUGUUGGGUAUGUUUUGCAACUCAAGAUGAAGAUAGUGAAGCUGAGUGGGUCAGACCUUGCCGUUGUCGUGGCACUACAAAAUGGGUGCACCAGAGCUGUCUUCAACGAUGGAUUGAUGAGAAACAGCGAGGAAACACCACAACUUCUGUUGCAUGUCCCCAGUGUAACACUAAAUAUAUCAUAGUUUUUCCUCCAUAUGGCCAUGUGGUGUAUAUAAUGGACCUAACUGACAGAAUGCUGUAUAAAGUUUGUCCAUUUGUUGCAGCAGGUGUUGUUGUAGGUUCUGUUUACUGGACAGCUGUAACCUAUGGGGCUGUCACUGUCAUGCAGGUCUUGGGCCAUAAAGAAGGCCUCACUGUGAUGGAGGAAGCAGACCCUCUAUUUUUGUUAGUAGGACUUCCGACAAUCCCAAUCAUGCUUAUUCUUGGAAAAAUGGUUCGUUGGGAAGACUUUGUUCUUAAAUUUUGGAGAAGACAUUGUGGAUGGCUCAAGUUAUUUUCUGGCAGUGUUUCUGCUUCAUCAUCAUACUAUGAACAACCUCCUACCAAUGGUUUUAGUUUUUCGGACCCAAUAUCAGCUACUAGAGUACUUUGUGGAGCUCUGAUGCUACCCACAAUUGCUACAGUUUUUGGUAGAGUCUUCUUUAAUAGCAUUCCCUCGAGUCUACAGAGAACACUUCUGGGAGGUAUAAUGCUUUGGUAUGUGUAA